UCGCGAUAUUCACAUUAGGACAAACAUCUCUUGCUAUUGACGCGUUUAACUGUUCCGAUGUAGAGGUCGAUGGUAUAAAAUUUGACCUUUCAAAUCUCAAUUUAUUAGAAAUAUCUGUUAUUAAAUUGUUUCCUAUUCAAUAUAGGUUACAGAACAUUACAAAAGAGGAACAAACGCCUCCGACUAUUACGAUCACUAGUUCUUUAAUAAAUCUUUGUGAACCUUUACCCAUUGAUAAAAAAAAUGAAACUUGUCCAGAUGGUACAUAUGUUUGUCAAAUCAUAACUAACAAAUUAUCCAAAGAAGACAAAUCUCCACGAGUCAUAACGAUUCGACCAAUUGCCGGAGAUUUAAAUGAUGAAGGAAUAUUUAAACCUGUAAUAGCUUUAGAACCUGCUUCGAAUAAAGAUGAUACAUCUGGUCCUCUCUUAAUUACAUUGAAUGGAGGUUCUUAUGCUGAACAAAAACAACAAGCAAAUUUUACAUUUAUUUGUAAUACUGAAAAAGACAAUAUUACAACAGUAGAAUAUAAUAACGAGGAGAAUACAUUAAUUAUAAGAUGGGAAACUCCUGCUGCUUGCGGACAAAAAAUUCUUGAAGAUAAAGGAAUGAGCUGGUUUACUAAGUUUAUAAUCUUCUUAAUCAUUAUUGCCUUGUGCUAUUUUGGUUUUGGAGCUGCUUAUAAUUACCAUGUUUAUAAGGCACAUGGUUGGGAUUUAUUACCGCAUUUGGACUUUUGGAGAGAUUUUCCUUAUUUAAUAUCGGUAAGUUAG